AUGGCCGGGAGCUGGCGGGCAAAGGCGCAGGCAGGGGGGAUGCUGGUGGCCCUCCUCGGGUGGGUCUCCUCCUGCGUCACCACCUUUGUGCCGCUCUGGAAGAGCCUCAACUUGGACCUGAACGAGCUGGAGGUCUGGACCAUGGGGCUGUGGCAUGUCUGCAUCGCCCGGGAGGAGGGGGCAGUUGAAUGCCGAGCCCACAGCUCCUUCCUCGCCCUGCCACCGGCGCUGCGCGUCUCCCGCCUCCUGAUGUGCAUCUCCAAUGGGCUGGGGCUGCUGGGGUGCCUCCUUGCUGCCCCGGGGCUGGAGGGCUGGAGAGCCUGCGAGGACAGACCUGGGCUAAAGCGGUGGCUCCUGCUCACCGGGGGAGUGACGUUCGGCACGGCGGGGAUGGCCACCCUGGCGCCGGUCUCCUGGGUCGCCUACAACACUGUCCUCGACUUCUGGGAUGACACCGUCCCCGACAUCGUCCCCCGGUGGGAAUUCGGGGAGGCCACCUUCCUGGGGUGGUUUGCCGGAGCCUUCCUCGCUGCUGGCGGGCUGCUCCUCGCUUGCAGUGCCCGCUCCACGAGGACCGCAACGCCGCUGGCCCCCGCCUGCCACCAGCCCCCUGCUGCAUGGGGUCCGGCUGGGGGCCACCACCUGCACCCAAAAAACGCAGACCUGGUCAUCUAG